UUUUGUAUACGUUGAAGCUAAUGUCAACAGCUGAAUCGGCAUAAAAAAGGUUUACGUGUUCUUUCGGGGAUCUAAUUCGCGCUGAGCGAAGGUUCGUACCUUUUGCGAAGCAUCUCUAUCCUAUGUGGGACGUGCCAUGCAUUGUAAUUGGAUCUGAUAGUGUUUAGUAUUAGCUAAAAUUCCAACCCCUUCUGCGCGUUAUCUCUGCUCUCUGACACGAUCAGUACGCGGCAGGCACGAUGACGAACAACAAGCAAACGCUGGUAAUCUCUGCUGUGGGCAUCUUCGUGUGCUACUUUUACUUUGCGAUACUGCAGGAAAAGAUUACACGCGGCCGGUACGGUGACGAGCUGCAGGACGAUGGAUCGCGCGGCGAGCGGUUUACGUACAUGUUGGCCCUGGUGGGCGUCCAGUGUGUGUGCAAUUGGGUUUUCGCAAAAGCACUUCUCAUGAUCACACCCCAACCGGAAGACGGCACACCGAAGGCGUACUAUGCUAGCAGUGCCCUCACGUACCUGCUGGCCAUGAUUAGCUCGAACAUGGCUCUGCGCUGGGUCGCCUACCCGAUGCAGGUGGUGGCGAAGGCGGCAAAACCGAUUCCCGUAAUGUUGCUUGGCGUGCUGGUUGGACGGAAGAGCUACCCGAUGCAGAAGUAUCUCUUCGUGCUGCUGAUCGUGGUGGGCGUGGUACUGUUCAUGUUUAAGGACAGCAAAGCGACUACCGGCGCCGUACUCGAGCACGAAACCAUCGGCCAGCUGCUACUGAUCAUGAGCCUUUCGAUGGACGGGCUGACGGGUGCGAUUCAGGAGCGCAUGCGGGCCCACAGUGCACCCUCCGCCCAGCACAUGAUGCUGGCGAUGAACGGCUGGAGCGCGAUGAUCGUGUCCGUUGGUCUGCUGGUGACCGGCGAAGGCAAAGCGUUCGUUCUGUUCGCUCUCCGGCAUCCGGAGCUUUUCACGCACCUGACACUGCUGGCACUGACCGGGGCGCUGGGCCAGUUGUUCAUCUUCAUGAUGGUGUCCUCGUUCGGUGCGCUCGCCUGUUCGGUGGUGACUACGACGCGCAAAUUCUUCACCGUCCUGUUCUCGGUGCUGUUCUUCGGCAAUGCACUGUCCGGCCGGCAGUGGGUUGGCGCCGUGCUCGUGUUUUGCGGUCUGUUUGCGGACAUGUUUUUCGGGCGAAAGCCAGCCCCAGCGAAGGAGAAGCUGCAAAAGCAAAAGGACAAGAGUGAAGGCGAGCUGCUGGAAGCGAAACGCUGAAUUGCCACUCUGCGUGUGAAUGAUUUAUGCUGCAAGCAUUUAACUUACGUGUAAUUCCAUCAUGGUGCUAAAGCACCGUAAAGAUAAGAUGAAAUCCAAACGAUGCGCACACACCGUGACAGAAGGCUUCUUCCGAACCAACAAAAGAUUCUACCUGCUAUCCCCGCUGUAAACGUUAUUACCUGUGUCCUUGAAUAGUGUAGUUAAGCAAGGAAAAAAAAACAUAGAACAUAAUAAAGAAAAAAGUCACACAUUUA